UCACCCCCUAAAGCCAUGUUUACUACGCGCUGUCUGGCCUAUUGGUCGACGCGGCGCAGCACCACCUGCCGUCGAGGCUCGGGAACUGCAGGCCGGCUACGCGAAAAUGGCAGCAGGGUCUACAGCUCACCCUGUACGCUGCGUUGUCUGCUAUCCAUAGCCGGGCAAGCAGAGAGCUACAGCGGGUUCCUCCUGGGUCCGUUUUCGGGCGCGGUUGAAGGGAACGGCCGCCUUCACCCUGCAGAGCCCCGCUUCAGCUCUGGCCCCGGCCCGGUUCACGCCCCUCCGUCUAAUAACGACGCAGCCAGGCGAGCUCGUCGGCCAGUCAGCCGGAGGAGAGGCCAGACUGCCGGGCGGGCGACACAGGAGCACCGGGCAGCAAUAAAAAGAAUGCACCUGCGGUCCAGCGACGAGGAGAGCCUCUUUCGGGACAGUGACCUGUACUCUAUCGCUGGGGCCAUGAAGGAGGAGUCUCUGAGUGUGACGGCCCUCCAGGCCAAUGAGUGCCUCCCUAAGAAGCCCCCUGUUCUUGAAGGCAGCGCCCUACAGUUCCCUUUUUCCGAGCUUCAUGGAGAAGCAACGGUGUACGUAGGGCGGACAGAGGACGCCAUCAUCGCCCUUUCCACCUACCGGCUCCACAUCCAGUUUAGGGAGUCCACGGUCAACGUACCGCUGCGGAUGAUCGAACACGUGGAGUGCCGGGACGUGUUCCAACUCCAUGUGACCUGCAAAGACGGCAAGGUCAUCAGGUGCCAGUUCUCCACCUUCGAUCAGUGUCAGGAGUGGCUGAAGAGGCUGGUGAGCGCCGUUCGUCCACCUUCGCGGCUGGAGGAGCUCUUCUGCUUUGCCUUCCAUAGCUGGUGCCUGGAUGUGCAGGCGGGGGAGAAGGGGCAGCGGGGGGAGCUCUGCGGGCCAGGAUCCCACGUGCACCCGCGGUUCCGCAACGAGGUGGAGCGGAUGGGCUUCAACACCGAGAGGGCCUGGAGGGUGACUGAAAUCAACCGCAAAUACAGGCUGUGUUCCAGUUACCCACAGCUGCUGAUUGUCCCUGCCUGGAUCACUGACAACGAGCUGGAGAGUGUGGCUGCCUUCCGAUCGUGGAAGAGGUUUCCCGCUGUGGUGUACAGGCACCGGAGCACGGGUGCUGUGAUAGCGCGGUGUGGUCAGCCUGAGGUCAGCUGGUGGGGUUGGCGCAACGCGGAUGAUGAGCGGCUGGCUCAGAGCAUCGCCGAGGCCUGCUGCCUGGACCGCAGCUCCCAGGAGAGCUUGGUGAACGGGUCCUGCCCAACGAAGCUCAGCCACACUGACCGGGACUCUCCCGUGACCCCCUCCUCAGAUUCGGAGGCUCCCGUCCUCCAGGCGCCGAAGCUGCUGAUAAUGGAUGCUCGGUCCUACGCGGCCGCCGUGGCGAACCGGGCCAAGGGGGGCGGCUGCGAGUGCCCCGAGUACUACCCCAGCUGUGAGGUCCUCUUCAUGGGCAUGGCCAACAUCCACGCCAUCCGCCGCAGCUUCGCGUCCCUCCGCCUCCUGUGCACACAGACGCCUGACCCGGCCAACUGGCUGUCUGCCCUGGAGGGGACCAAGUGGCUGCAGCAUCUGUCGGUCCUGCUGAAGGCGGCCCUGUUGGUGGUGAACGCCGUGCACCGGGACCAGCGGCCUGUCAUGGUGCACUGCUCCGACGGCUGGGACCGCACCCCGCAGAUCGUGGCGCUGUCCAAGAUGCUGCUGGACCCAUACUACCGCACCAUCGAGGGCUUCCAGGUCCUGGUGGAGACAGAGUGGCUGGACUUUGGGCACAAAUUUGCCGACCGCUGCGGCCACGGGGUGAACUCGGAGGACCCAAAUGAGCGCUGCCCCGUCUUCCUCCAGUGGCUGGACUGCGUACACCAGUUGCAGAGGCAGUUCCCCUGCUCCUUCCAGUUCAACGAGGCCUUCUUGGUGAAGCUGGCUCAGCACACCUAUUCCUGCUUGUUCGGGACCUUCCUGUGCAACAGCUGCCAUGAGAGGGAGGAGCACCGUAUCCAGGAGAGGACCUGCUCCGUCUGGUCGCUGCUGCGGCCCACGAACCCCGCCUUCCUCAACAUCCUCUACUCUACUUACUCUGAGAUGGUGCUCCUCCCCGUCUUCCACGUGCGGAGUCUCCUGCUGUGGAACGCCCUCUACCUGCCCAUCUCCUCCCCGCGGGCGCCCUUCGACGAUGCCUGCACCCCCAGCCCAGAGGAUGGGCACCUGGGCAGGCUUCCAAAGAUGAGGUCCUUCGAUGACCUGGCCAUUACCUGCGAGGUGGGAGGGGCCUCGGUCCCAACUCGGCGGUCCAGUGAUCCCAGCCUGAAGGAGAGGCAGGAGCACCGUCGCUCAUUGGACAUCAGUGUAGGGGUGGGGCCUGAAGGAGGAGGGGCUCCAGCUCGGGAAGGCACUGUCACUCACACCUCUGGGGUGGAGCUAAGGACAUGCCCCUCUGAAAUUGAGGACGAUAGAUUGGCAGGCGAACUGUCCAAUGGAGAGGAGCCUAAGGAUGCUGACACUAGCAAGGGGGCGGAGCUGAGUGUAGAGAAGACCAAUGGUGAGACAGAGCUGUUAAUGGAAGUAGGAGUGGCUCAAGAACAGAUGGAGCACUUCCUCCAGGAAGCAUCAGAGGAUGACGACGAUAGUGUGCGGACCCCAUGGAGGGAUGCUAACAUGGGCGAUAAGGAUGGGGUCCUAGCCCCCAUUUCAGGGAUGUCCGCUGACCUGCCUGCAGAGGAAGUGGAGGAACCUGGAGACCAGUUUUCAGAGGACUCAACAUCCCAGCCAACAUUAGAGGGUCAUCAUGGGUCGAGCACAAACCUCUUGGUGGACCCGCCUGCAUUGGAGGCUGUGAAGGAUCAAUCUGUGGCAUCCCUGUCACAUGACUCUGAGGUCCCAGAUUCAGAUCUUCAUCCAAUCACCUUAUACCCUCCUGCUGUGGAACAGUCUGGAGAUGGAGACUCAAUCUCGUUGGUUUCCGAGGAGAUGGCACCCCCUGACAGCCCUGCUUCCGUGGCCCCCAGUACCGCCAGCUCCCUGGGCCCUGACAGCGAGGCUUCUCAGCCCCCGUACUCCAAGGCCGGUGACGAGGGCCCUCCGAAGGCCCCCUCUGCCUCACGCUGCGCACACCCGGGCAUGCAGGUACCACCCGGCAACACACCCUUGCAGCAGAUGGAGGAGGGACACCGGCAGGAAGUAGAGACACUGAGGAGACAGAUGCCCGCCCCCGAUGCUGACUGCCACUUCCAGCCCGGCUGCCGGUCCCGCUGCAGCGCGGAGCUGCUUUCUGAGGCCAGCUGGGAGGGGGCCAAUUCCCAGGAUGCGGAGGCGACCUCCUGGUACCCGGAGCCCUCGGCAGACCCCUGCUAUGGGUGUGAGAGCCGGUUCUGGCUAACUGGCAGGAAGCACCACUGCAGGGCUGGACGGCCUGUUGAAGAAGCCUGGAACUGUGGGAAUGUGUUCUGUGCCAGCUGUUGCGCCCACAAGGUGGCAGUCCAGAGCCAGCACCUGGUGGAGCCCAGCCGUGUGUGCGGGGCAUGCUAUGGUAGCCUGCGCCUUUCCGCCGUCCCCGCGGUGGACCUGGAGCUCGAGAAGCCCAUAGCAGCCAGCUCCAACUAGGCCAUAUAACGCCCUACCUUGCGCCCAAGAUGGACCAUGUGACCGGCACGCUGUGAUCGAUUGGAGGAUCCCAGGGACACGGACAGGGCUUUGAACAACCGUGUAGAAGCAAAAGGCCUGAAGACAGUCAUGUGUCAGUGAGAAGAUG